AUGACAACAAGAUUCAAGAAGAACAGAAAGAAGAGAGGACAUGUAUCAGCCGGCCAUGGUCGUGUAGGUAAACACAGAAAGCAUCCUGGUGGUCGUGGUGCUUGUGGUGGUUUGACUCAUAAAAGAAAUUGGUUUGAUAAGUACCAUCCAGGUUACUUUGGCAAAGUUGGUAUGAGGUAUUUCCACAAGAGAUUGAACAAGAUGUACUGUCCUACUGUCAAUGUUGAAAAGUUAUGGACUUUGGUAUCGAAGAACACUCUUGAACACUACAAGUACAAUAACAAGACCGAUAAGGCCCCAAUUAUUGACUGUACUAGAUCUGGCAUCUUCAAGGUCUUGGGUGGAGGUAAUCUUCCAGCUGUCCCGGUAGUUGUCAGAGCUAGACACUUCUCUAAAAAGGCUGAGAAGAAAAUUAAAGAGGCCGGUGGUAUCUGCGUAUUAAGUGGAUAA